GGAAAAUUAGUAGGGCACAGCAUCGGCGAAAAUUACUUCGGAGUCGGAGAGGAGGAAAAGCUCGGGAUGGAGUCUAACGAUGUCGAAGAGGAGGAGUUCGGCUUCUCAAGGAACUACUUUUUGGCAAAAGAAUUGCGAGGCACAGGCAAAAAAUCUGCCCGCAAACUUUCGGAGAUCAACGUCGUUGACGAACAGGAGCUGAGAGAGGCAUAUGCAAAUGUUGAGCCAAAGCACGAGAGAGAAAUUAAAGAACUGAUGAACGGUUAUAAGAAAUCCUACUCCGAGUGGGCUUUUAUGCUGAGGUGUGGCUUUGGGCUAUUGAUGUAUGGUUUUGGGUCAAAGAAGGCAUUGAUUGAAGACUUUGCUUCGGCGACAUUGGCUGAUUAUUCUGUUGCAGUGAUUAAUGGGUAUCUUCAAUCAAUCAACCUUAAACAGGUUGCAGUUGCAUUAGCUGAGCUUCUAUGGGAUCAGCUGAAAUUGAACCGGAAAAGCACUUCAGGAAAUAUUCCCAGAAACCAGCAACCUUUUCAUACCCAAUCCAUGGGAGAUCUUAUCUCAUUUCUUGAUGGUCCUCAUUUGGAAGAUGAUGAUGAUGAAUGCUUUAUAUGUGUUCUAGUACACAAUAUCGAUGGGCCAGGUUUGCGUGAUUCUGAAACUCAACAACAUCUUGCCAGACUGGCAGCUUGUUCACACAUACGCAUCGUAGCUUCCAUUGAUCAUGUGAAUGCACUUCUUUUAUGGGACAAGAAGAUGGUUCACACUCAGUUCAAUUGGUAUUGGUACCAUGUCCCAACCUAUGUACCCUACAAGGUCGAAGGAAUGUUCUACCCGCUGAUUCUUACACACAGUAGCAGCACUCAAACCGUAAAGACAUCUUCGAUAGUCUUACAAAGCUUGACACCUAAUGCUCAAAAUGUUUUCAAAGUUCUUGCAGAUCAUCAGCUCGCGAAUCCUGAGGAGGAAGGGAUGCCAUUUAACAACUUGUACACAACCUGCCGGGAGCGCUUCCUCGUGAGCAGCCAGAUCACUCUAAAUGCCCAUCUCACGGAAUUUAAAGACCAUGAGUUGGUCAAGACUCGAAGAAACUCAGAUGGCGAAGAUUGCUUGUACAUUCCCCUCGCAAGCGACGCACUCGAGAAACUUGUGCAAGAGAUCAAUCAGUGAGAGAGAAGGCUGUACACCUUUACUCGAUGAUGGUAAAUUUAUGUAACAGUUCUAUACUCCAUUGCUAAGACAUUUUUGCUUGCUAAACUACCACUUUUUGAAUCUUGAAUUCUAAAACAACAUAGGAUCCUUUAUAAACAAUUAAAGACAAGAAUUUGUUGAUGAAAAGUACUUUCCGGGAAUGCCCAUAUCACAUGCUAUUGAUUUUUAUAUUCUUUAUUUUAAAAAAAAAAAUAGAAACAAAAUAUUAUAUUCUUGAAUAUUAAGGUAGCCUCUACUGGUCUC